CUGGGAGCGCCCAGAGCUGCGCCGAACUCGCCGGGGACGUCGGGCGCCGGCUCCCUGCCUCGCUCACUUGCUCCGACCGGCUCCCUGCGCCUCCUCCCGGGACUGCGCGGGGACCUGGGCCCGGGUGGGCGCGGGGCGAGCAGAGUCCCCGGGCGGGAGGCGCGUGCUCUGGGCAGCACCCGGCCCCGGGAAUGGACAGAGGGAGCUGGGCGCGCAGGGGGCGCCGCGGGACCGGGCGGCCGGAGCGCUGAGCCAGACAAAGGCUCAGGAGUUGCGCUAGCUUUCGGGAGCCGGGCGCCGGGCGCCGAGGCUGCAGGACCCCGCGGCGGGCGGCUCCGGCCGGCCACCUCCCCCGCGGGCCGGCCCCUCGCGCCCGGACCUGCCCUGCCGGCUUCUCCUCGGGCGUGGGAAUUUGCUGAGGGGACCUAAGCGUCUCCGGAGAGGACAAGGACCAAGAGGUCUGCCGCGCGCCCGCCGGGCGGGGAGCCAGGGAGCGUCGCAAGUUUCCGAGCCGCGUGCGGGGCUCCGGCGCCGGCCAGCCGGCGAGCCCUGAGUGCAGCGCGCCCGGCCAGGCGAGGCGCCGAGAGCAUGGGCAGCGACCGGAGCGCGCCCGGACGGCCGGGCUGGGCGGUCAGUGUCCUCGGCGGCCGGGAGGCGGCGGCGCGGCCGCGACUGCUGCCGCUGCUCCUGGUGCUUCUGGGCUUCCUGGGCCGCGGCGCGGCGGCGGAGGACGCAGAAGUCAACGCCGAGAACUGGCUGAGGCUCUACGGCUACCUGCCCCAGCCGAGCCGUCACAUGUCCACCAUGCGCUCCGCCCAGAUGCUGGCCUCGGCCCUGGCUGAGAUGCAGCGCUUCUAUGGGAUUCCCGUCACGGGCGUGCUGGACGAAGAAACCCAGGCGUGGAUGAAGAGACCCCGCUGUGGGGUGCCAGACCAGUUUGGGGUGCGCGUGAAAGCCAACCUGCGACGGCGGCGGAAACGCUAUGCCCUCACGGGGAGGAAGUGGAACAACCACCACCUGACCUUCAGCAUCCAGAACUACACAGAGAAGCUGGGAUGGUACCACUCACUGGAGGCAGUGCGAAGGGCCUUCCGCGUGUGGGAGCAGGCCACGCCCCUGGUCUUCCAGGAGGUGCCCUACGAGGACAUCCGGCUGCGGCGGCAGAAGGAGGCUGACAUCAUGGUACUCUUUGCCUCCGGUUUCCACGGCGACAGCUCACCAUUUGACGGCACAGGCGGCUUUCUGGCCCACGCCUAUUUCCCUGGCCCUGGUCUGGGCGGAGAUACCCAUUUUGAUGCAGAUGAGCCCUGGACCUUCUCCAGCACUGACCUGCAUGGGAACAGUCUCUUCCUGGUGGCAGUGCAUGAGCUGGGCCAUGCCCUAGGGUUGGAGCACUCUAGCAACCCCAGUGCUAUCAUGGCGCCCUUCUACCAGUGGAUGGACAUCGACAGCUUCCAGCUGCCCGAGGACGACCUCCGGGGCAUCCAGCAGCUCUACGGCACCCCAGAUGGCCAGCCACAGCCCACUCGGCCUCUGCCCACUGUGACUCCCCGGCGACCAGGCCGGCCAGAUCAUCGGCCCCCCAGACCCCCCCAGCCACCACCCCCAGGUGGGAAGCCGGAGCAGCCCCCAAAGCCAGGCCCCCCAGCCCAGCCCCGAGCCACGGAACGGCCUGACCAGUAUGGCCCCAACAUCUGCGACGGGGACUUUGACACAGUAGCCAUGCUGCGUGGGGAGAUGUUCGUGUUCAAGGGCCGCUGGUUCUGGCGGGUUCGGCACAACCGUGUCUUGGACAACUAUCCCAUGCCCAUCGGGCACUUCUGGCGUGGCCUGCCCAGUGACAUCAGUGCUGCCUACGAGCGCCAAGAUGGACGUUUUGUCUUCUUUAAAGGUGACCGCUACUGGCUCUUCCGAGAAGCAAACCUGGAGCCUGGCUACCCUCAGCCACUGACCAGCUAUGGCCUGGGCAUCCCCUAUGACCGCAUUGACACAGCCAUCUGGUGGGAACCCACAGGUCACACCUUCUUCUUCCAAGGGGACAGGUAUUGGCGCUUCAAUGAGGAGACGCAGCGUGGAGACCCCGGCUACCCCAAGCCCAUCAGUGUCUGGCAAGGGAUCCCUACUUCCCCCAAAGGGGCCUUCCUGAGCAACGAUGCAGCCUACACAUACUUCUACAAGGGCACCAAGUACUGGAAGUUCGACAACGAGCGCCUGCGGAUGGAGCCAGGCUACCCCAAAUCCAUCCUGCGGGACUUCAUGGGCUGCCAAGAGCACGUGGAGCCGGGACCCCGAUGGCCCGACGUGGCUCGUCCACCCUUCAACCCCGACGGGGGUGCAGAGCCCGAGGCGGGCGGGGACGGCGAGGAGGGCGAGGAGGAGGGGGGCGAGGCUGGCGGCGCGGGGGACUUCGGGGAUGGGACCGACGCGGACGGGGGCAGCCGCGUGGUGGUACAGAUGGAGGAGGUCACGCGGACGGUGAACAUGGUGCUGGUGCUGGUGCCGCCCAUGCUGCUGCUGCUGUGCGUCCUGGGGCUCACGUACGCGCUGGUGCAGAUGCAGCGCAAGGGCGCGCCGCGCGUUCUCCUCUACUGCAAGCGCUCCCUGCAGGAGUGGGUCUGAGCAGCAGCGCUGCCCUCCUGCUGCGCACGGUGCUAAGGGGGCCGUGGCUGGCGGGACCCAGGCUUCUCCGACGUCUGGGUAGGGUGCACCAAGCCAGAGCCUUCCAGGGCUCCCUCAGCCCCUGGGUGGGGGCCUCGCCAGGC